UAGACAGAGAAAUAUGAAAACGCUUCUACAAGUCUUUGGUUAGAUUACAUCCUAGUAUGUAUUCUGUGUAUAAAGUAACAAAGAUCAAAUAUUUCUUGAGUUAGUUGUUUGUGGUCUUUUGUGUCAAGUUGUGCGAAAAGAAGGUGUUCAAAAAUGGGUAAAGUUAAGUGUUCGGAGUUGCGAACUAAAGACAAGAAAGAACUUUUCAAACAACUUGAAGAGUUAAAAACCGAGUUAACCAAUUUACGUGUUGCCAAAGUUACUGGUGGAGUGGCAUCAAAACUUUCAAAAAUACGUGUUGUCAGGAAAGCAAUAGCACGUGUUUACAUUGUAUACCACCAAAAUAUGAAGGUUAACUUGAGAAAUCAUUACAAAAACAAGAAAUAUAAGCCACUUGACCUAAGGCCUAAGAAGACGCGUGCAAUGCGUAAGGCACUUACCAAGCAUGAAGCAAAAAUUAAAACUCAAAAAGAGAUAAGAAAGAAGUCCUUGUUUCCUCCUAGAGUGUAUGCUGUAAAAGCAUAAAUAAACAUAUAACAACAUU